AUGGUGAAGGCCUGGUAUAUAAAUGAUGAGAGUUUAGUGACCGACGAGAAGGUAAAACGGAGUGAAAGACAUCUCAAUCCUCCACAAUAUGUGACUUUAGAUGAGUUGAGGCGCAAAAUUGGUGUUCAAACUGAAUGGGGAUACAACUAUUGGGAUAUCAUUGAUAUAGAAAGUCAAGUCGAAAAACACGCCUCCUUUUACACGGAACACAUGCACAAUGAGCCCGAAGUACGGCUAGUAUUGGACGGCUCCGGCUAUUUUGAUGUCAGGGAUGUUGAAGACAAGUGGAUCCGUGUUUUGGUCGAAAAGGGGGAUCUGUUGUCAUUCAUGGCCGGCGGUUACCAUAGGCUGACACUGGAUUCAAAUAAUCACCUCAAACUGUUCCGCCUGUUUGGCUCUGAACCCGAUUGGACAUCACUAAACCGACCUCAAGACGACCAUCCCGUCCGUAUAGCUGCCGAUAUCACCAAACAGUUCCCAACCGCAGACACAAUGGCUGAAGCGUCAGACAUACGGGACAGCGACCAGUCUUCGGACGACUGGGACUACAGGAGCCGAUCGUCGAGCGCCUCAUCCAUACAGCGAAACAUGAUAUUCACCGCUCGGCAGAUGUCUGUGGACGCGGACACAUCCAGUCUGGACUUGUCGUACCUCAAU